UGUCCUGGAGCACCGCGCGGCCUCUGCAGGGAAGCGCGCCCUCCCCCUCCGCGCAGAAUGGAAGCCAUCGCCAAGUACGACUUCAAGGCCACCGCCGACGACGAGCUGAGCUUCAAGAGGGGCGACAUCCUCAAGGUCUUGAAUGAGGAGUGUGACCAGAACUGGUACAAGGCCGAGCUCAAUGGGAAGGACGGCUUCAUUCCCAAGAACUACAUCGAGAUGAAGCCACAUCCGUGGUUUUUUGGCAAAAUCCCCAGAGCCAAGGCAGAAGAAAUGCUCAGCAAACAGCGGCACGACGGGGCCUUUCUUAUCCGGGAGAGCGAGAGCGCGCCUGGUGACUUCUCCCUCUCUGUCAAAUUUGGCAACGACGUGCAGCACUUCAAGGUGCUCCGGGACGGGGCCGGCAAGUACUUCCUGUGGGUGGUGAAGUUUAACUCGCUGAAUGAGCUGGUAGAUUAUCACAGAUCCACAUCCGUGUCCCGGAACCAGCAGAUCUUCCUUCGGGACAUCGAGCAGGUGCCACAGCAACCCACGUAUGUGCAGGCGCUCUUCGACUUUGACCCCCAAGAGGACGGCGAGCUGGGCUUCCGCCGCGGAGACUUUAUCCACGUCAUGGAUAACUCAGACCCCAACUGGUGGAAGGGGGCCUGCCAUGGGCAGACGGGCAUGUUCCCCCGCAACUACGUCACCCCCGUGAGCAGGAACGUCUAGGCGGCCCGGGCAAGGUGGUUUUGAGGAACGUGACGCUCCCGACUCCGUACAGAUGCGGUCGACCCGGUGCCGCUCACGGCUGCUCUGGGGAGGGAGCGUGGAGCCCCUGUGAGGGGUCGCCCGGGACCCUCUUCACUUUGGUUGGAACUUGGGGGGGGCGGGAGGGGCGGGGGCGUUGGAUAUAAAAUGCCAAAACUUACUUAUAAAUUAAGAGAAGAGUUUUUAUGAUGAAUUUUCACCGCUGCUCCUCUUUCUCCUCCUCUGUCCUUUUUAUCUCCCCCCCCAUGCCUCUCCUCUGUCCUCUGUGCAUGACAUUGAUGCCACAUAUAGUACUAGCUGAUGCCAAUAAUAAAGCGAAAAGAAACCAA